AGCUGUCCGGGAGCACGCCAACGGGACGCGGUGCCUGCCGUGCCACCCCGAGUGCCAGCCCCAGAACGGCACCGAGACCUGCUUUGGAUCGGAGGCAGACCAGUGCGUGGCCUGUGCCCACUACAAGGACGCGCAGCAGUGCGUGCGGCGCUGCCCCAGUGGGGUGAAGUCUGACACCUCCUUCGUGCCCAUCUGGAAAUACCCAGAUGAAGAUGGUGUAUGCCAGCUCUGCCCCACCAACUGCACCCACUCGUGCACGAUUCGGGAUGAGGAUGGCUGUCCCGUGGACCAGAAGCCAAGCCAGGUGACAUCCAUCAUCGCUGGCCUGCUGGUGGAGCCGCUGACGCCCAGUGGGGCUCUCCCCAACCAAGCCCAGAUGCGAAUCCUCAAGGAGACAGAGCUCAAGAAAGUGAAGGUUUUGGGCUCUGGUGCUUUUGGCACUGUCUACAAGGGCAUCUGGAUCCCUGAUGGGGAGAGCGUGAAGAUCCCAGUGGCCAUCAAGGUCUUGCGGGAGAACACGUCACCCAAAGCCAACAAGGAGAUCCUGGAUCUGGCGGGGCUGCUCGACAUCGACGAGACCGAGUGCCACGCUGACGGUGGCAAGGUCCCCAUCAAGUGGAUGGCGCUGGAGUCCAUCCUCCGCCGGCGCUUCACGCACCAGAGCGACGUCUGGAGCUAUGGUGUGACUGUGUGGGAGCUGAUGACGUUCGGGGCGAAGCCGUACGACGGGAUCCCGGCGCGGGAGACACCCAUCUGCACCAUCGACGUCUACAUGAUCAUGGUGAAAUGCUGGAUGAUCGACUCCGAGUGCAGGCCCAAGUUCCGUGAGCUGGUCACCGAGUUCUCCCGUAUGGCCCGGGACCCACAGCGCUUCGUGGUCAUCCAGAACGACCUGGUGGGGGUGCCUGGCUCCAUGGACAGCACCUUCUACCGGGCCCUGCUGGAGGAGGAGGACAUGGACGACCUGGUGGAUGCUGAGGAGUACUUGGUCCCUCACCGCGGCUUCUUCAGUGCCGACACCUCCACCACCUACCGCAGCCGCAUCUCCUCCAUGCGGAGCACAGCAGAGUCCCCAAUCGAUGCCGAGGAGGGUGAAG